GCAGUGUCCACCGCGGCCUAUUAUGGAAGCGGCCUGCCCAUCGAUGAGGUGGACAAAGCCAGGGCUGAGAUGAAGGAUCCGGAGACGGGGCGCGUGAGCGACGAGGUGGACAAAGCCGGGGCUGAGAUGAAGGAUCCGGAGACGGGGCGCGUGAGCGACGAGGUGGACAAAGCCGGGGCUGAGAUGAAGGAUCCGGAGACGGGGCGCGUGAGCGACGAGGUGGACAAAGCCAGGGCUGAGAUGAAGGCUCCGGAGACGGGGCGCGUGAGCGACGAGGUGGGCGUUGCUGCGACCGAGACAAGAACCGCCCAAAUGUCGCCGACGCAUGACCAGGUGGACAAAGCCAGGGCUGAGAUGAAGGAUCCGGAGACGGGGCGCGUGAGCGACGAGGUGGGCGUUGCUGCGACCGAGACAAGAACCGCCCAAAUGUUGCCGACGCAUGACCAGGUGGUGGGCUCCUUCGUUUGGUGCCAGCUCUUGAACUACCAGCCCGUGGAGGCGUUUGCUCUUCUCUCCGGGGGGGCUAAGGCAAAGUAUGCCCACAAGGAAGGCCCUACGGAGGCCAAGAGCGCGGCCGAGAGCGAGGCCAAGAGCGAGGCAGUGCAGCUGGAUAUCGAUUGAGCAGGAGGCGGCCUUGCUGGACGCGGGCAAAGACGCGUUCGGAGAAGGCCCUCGCGGCGCAGUUCCCACAGGCGCCGCUCCAAGACCUGCUGGAGGCGAUCGAGGCAUCGAGGCAGCGGCGCAGAAACCUUCGCGCUCGCGGAUGCCGGAGGCCAACAUGGCCUCGUCGAUGUCUUUGGCACCAACUGCACCUAGCAAGCCCAGCGCGCCAAGCGCCCCUGGCCCUCCCACUGCGCCCACUGCUUUCACUGCGCCCAGCGCACCCAGCGCGCCAAGUGCGCCCAGCGUGCCGCAUUCUGCAUCCAAGGGCGCCGAGCCCCCGUCCGUCGAGUUGCAGGCGUCCCCAGAGGCGGCGCCCCUUGCGCCGCCGCCCCCCAUGGCGCCGCUCGAGUCGCCCAGCCCGUCCCCGUCCAACAAAGGAGGUCGUGGAACAACUGGUCAAUGGAUGUCUUCCCUGGAAAUCGGUCCUGUGCUUUGGCAUCAUCUCCUGCUCAGCUUUGAGACUUGCAAUACAAGGUAGUUUCAUUGCUUGAACCCUUGCCAGAGCGCUGGUGAUGAUGGCUCCUAUGGGGAAGACUUAGAUCAGUUCGAUGACCAGGAGUCGAUAGAAGAG